CUCACACCCAGGGAUAUGAAUAACUACAGUGGGAUCAUUUGUUCGUGAUAGCUAAAGACUCGCAACAAAUGUAACCAGUAUAGCCAACAGUGUCUGGAUAAAGGUGACUUAUUUGUCUGCUUAAAGACAACUUACGUUUUGAGAAUUCAUAUAGACUACUUUGGAGCUUAUGUCCAACGAACGAGGGGUAAUUGACUCUUCUCCUUUUGUAAACAGUUUUCAGUCUGUUCUAUAGGAGAUUUGUCAUUUUGUAGCUUUUUAAAUAAAGUCAUAAUGGUGACAAACCGUCAUGAUUCAAGAAGUGUUAGGGUUUUUCAUCGGGGAGAGACAGCCUAUGGAACUUGAAGGAUUUAGACACAUCUCUUGCUGUCUGGAGUUGAACGGUGUCGACUUCCAAAUUGUUCCAGUGGUAACCUCAACAUCGUGAUUCCACCUGGAUAUAUAGCACCUGUUGUUAUUAUUAUUGAACAGUAUGGAGACUAUUGGGAAAUUCGAGUUCAACAGGAAAGACCUGAUUGGACAUGGUGCCUUUGCCGUGGUGUUCAAAGGGAGACAUAAGGAGGUAAUUUGUAUGCUAUUAUUACAUAUGUUAUAACCAGGGUGAGAUAAGUCCUAUAUACAUUUUUUUAUUGAGCCGUUUAAUUGAGAGAUUGUAUGGCAUGCGUGGAGAGUAUAGCCUUUCAUCUUCUGCCUUUCCCUUUGCCUUUUUAAGAGACAUGACUUGGAAGUAGCUGUGAAAUGUAUUAACAAGAAGAACCUGGCAAAAUCCCAUUCACUCUUAGGAAAAGAGAUUAAAAUACUAAAGGUAAGAAUUUUACUGUUGAACGACGAAACUUUCUGCAAUUAAUGUAAGCCCAGGCCUAGGCAAAUUAACCAUUCAAUUGUUGUUCAUCUACAAAGGAGCUGAAACAUGAGAAUAUCGUUGGACUACUUGACUUCCAGGUAUGUGUCGAUUUUCAACAUCACUAUUUAUUAUUGACACACAUGUAGCCUACCUGUACAUGUCGGUAUCAUCACACACUGCUCUGGUUCUACACAAUAAGCUUUCACGUGCGCAACUGUUGACAUUCGAUGUGCAAAACAUUGCAUCUCAUUCGCUCAUGUUGACACAGGCGUUUAUGCUGCAGUACUCUCUGGAUCUUGUAGUUUCUGUGGAUGUAGAGUACUAGUGUGUUAAAAUCCAUUUAAUCAGUUUUAUUGAGAAAUUCUUCAGUAAGUAAUACUUAAAAGCUAAGUCUAGUUGUCUAAUUUUUAUUAUUUAAAUAAAAUAUGAGGGGGGGGGGUUGCACAUGUCACCAUUAAUAUCCGCACUAUGAGGAGAGUUGAUGUAAAGGCCCUCUUUUUAACUCACCUGCACAUACAUUUUAUUUGUUCUUUCUUUGUUGUUCCUUUUCCAUACAAUCCAUUAUGUACAAUUGCACUAAAUAUAAUUUGAAUAAUGCAAGAUUUUGAAUCCCAGCAGUCUUUAAAAUUACAUUCAGGAUCAAAAGGUUUUCAAUAGCAGUUUUUUUAUAUAAUAUUGGAAUGGAAUAUAACUAAUAACAUGAAAUAACAUUGGACUAUAACAUUUAAUAACAAUAACUUAACUAAUUAACUCAGUGUAACAUUGAUGUGGCAACUCUCGUAUGAUCUGCUAUUGCACAAUUCUAAUCUGUACAUAGGUCACAAAUAAAGCUAUCCCCAGUAAAAUUGGAGCACAACUCAUGAGCCCACCUCCUGCACUGGUCACACCUAAUCCAGUCCCCACCUGUGACUGAAAAAAACGUAGCUAGCAAUCCAGCAAUAUGACAUCAAAUGCUGUGUAAAAUAACUAAAAGGCUAUAAAGUAACAUUAACUGUAAAGCUAUCAGUCACUAGUGGAAACAUUUAAAACUGCAAUUAAGUUACGUUAUCUUUUUAAUGUAUUUUACCUCAGACGAUCUGGUAGUAAGGUUGCUAGCUAGCACUCCUAGCAGUUUAUGCUAACUAGCUAGCUGGCUAGCAUUUGCUGCUAGCUAAAUUGCUAGCUAGCAAGUUAGCAUAAACUAGCGCUAACUGAGCUAGUCAUUGUCAAAAUGACAGGUAGAAACACAUUCAUAACCAUAAAGGGGUAACUAGCCCCCAGGGGAAUUACGGGGGGGGGGGGGGGGGGGGGGGGGGGCAGUUAACCCAGGGGGCUAGUUACCCCCUAGGACCCUACGUGUUAUCUAUGUCAGUUGGCCUAGAGCAGGGAUAUUCAACUCUUACCCUGCAACAUGGUAACUCUAAUGAACUUAUCCUCUGCAGCAGAGGUAACUCUGGGUCUUCCAUUCCUGUGGCGGUCCUCAUGAGAGCCAGUUUCAUCAUAGCACUUAAUGUUUUUUUAAAGUUCUUGAAAUGUUCCGUAUUGACUGACCUUCAUGUCUUAAAGUAAUGAUGGACUGUCGUUUCGCUUUGCUUAUUUGAGCUGUUUUUGCCAAAUAGGGCGAAAACAGCUCAAAUCUUCUGUAUACCACCCCUGCCUUGUCACAACACAACUGAUUGGCUCAAAUGCAGUAAGAAGGAAAGAAAUCCACAAAUUAACAUUUAAGAAGGCACACCUGUUAAUUGAAAUGCAUUCCAGGUGACUACCUCAUGAAGCUGGUUGAGAGAAUGCCAAGUGUGUGCAAAGCUGUCAUCAAGGAAAAGGGUGGCUAUUUUUGGUUACUACAUGAUUCCAUAUGUGUUAUUUCAUAGUUUUGAUGUCAUCACUAUUAUUCUACAAUGUAGAAAAUAGUAAAAAUAAAGAAAAACCCUUGAAUGAGUAGGUGUUCUAAAACUUUUAAUCAAUAGUGUGUAUAUAUAUAUAUAUAUAUAUAUAUAUAUAUAUAUAUAUAUUAAUUCUAUAUAUUAAUUCUAUUAUUUUUUAUUGUUGGACAUAAAAGAUUGUAAAAACACCAGGUAAUCAUCUCCAAGUGAUUUUAAUUUUGGAAAUCUGUUCCCAAGUAUUCCCACGCAUAAUAGAGAGACGUGAUCGUAUACAAAUGUAAGCAAGAUUUGAAGUAUUAUAUCUGUUUGGGCUUGUUGCGGUCAAUUUGCAAUCCACAAAUGAUAUGUAAUUUUGUUCCGCCCUCGACCAUCCGCUCAAGAAAAAAAUCAACCCGCGGCUGAAUCUAGUUGAUGAUCUCUGCCCUAUGAGAUCCGGAGCGGAGCCUGCUGGUUUUCUGUUCUACCUGAUAAUUAAUUGCACCCAUCUGGUGUCCCAGGUCUAAAUCAGUCCCUGAUUAGAGGGGAACAAUGAAAAAAUGCAGUAGGUGAGACUUUCUUGUCCCAAGUGGCAGCUGGCCUUAUCAUGAACAGCCGUAGCUGAAGCUAACUUUUGGACCAGAACAAGUAAUCUAUAGAUUUCUUUACUAGCCAAUCCAAUCCCAGUAAAGGUGAGACAUCUAAUCUGAUACAUUGUUAUAACAUAUUCAUUACUGUCAGUUGGCAUCUGGUUAAUGUAGAAACGUAUCAAAUUUGCAUGUAGGUGAGUUUCUCAAUGUUCCCAUCUCAGGGAUUGUAUGGGGAUCCAACUGCAGCUGUAUUUGGCUGUCCUCCCUUCAAGGCCCUAUGUGGUUGUAAAAUUAUCCCGUCACCAGACAGACAUUAGAUCUGUUUGGGCUCACUAGUCUUAAACAGAUGGCAGGGUGCAGCCGGCCUGCAAGCUAAACAAUGGCUUAAGACAACAGACAAGGAGCUCAGUCAGCAGAAAUCUCCCCGGGAAUCUCUUCAGCAACUUAAUGAGUGUAAUGACUAGAGACCUGACGCCUGCUAGGUGAUAUGGAUACAUGAAAGGAAGUGCUUUUGUCCUACUGCACUGUCACUGGCUGUCAUCAAAUCAAAUGUAUUGGUCACAUACACAUGGUUAGCAGAUGUUUUUGCGAGUGUAGCGAAAUGCUUGUGCUUCUAGUUCCGACAGUGCAGUAAUAUCUAGCAAGUAAUUUCUAACAGUUCCACAACAAAAACCUAAUACACACAAAUCUAAGUAAAGGAAUGGAAUAAGAAUAUAUAAAUAUAUGGAUGAGCAAUGUCAUCAUCAGAGCGGCAUAGGCUAAGAUACAAUAGAUAGUAUAGAAUACAGUAUAUACAUAUUAGAUGGGUAAUGCAAGAUAUGUAAACAUUAUUAAGAUAGUAUAUAAUACAGUAUAUACAUAUGAGAUGGGUGAAGCAAGAUAUGUAAACAUUAUUAAAAUGUUAUAUUAAAGUGACUAGUGUUCCAUUUAUUAAAGUGGCCAGUGAUUUUCAAGUCUGUAUGUAGGCAGCAGCCUUUCUGUGCUAGUGAUGGCUGUUUAACAGUCUGAUGGCCUUGAGAUAGAAGCUGUUUUUCAGUCUCUCAGGUCCCAGCUUUGAUGCACCUGUACUGACCUCGCCUUCUGGAUGAUAGCGGGGUGAACAGGCAGUUGCUCGGGUGGUAGUUGUCCUUGAUUAUAUUGUUGGCCUUCAUGUGACAUCGGGUGCUAUAGGUGUCAUGGAGGGCAGGUAGUUUGCCCCCUGUGAUGCGUUGUGCAGACCGCACCACCUUCUGGAGAGCCCUGCAGUUGGGGGCGGUGCAGUUGCCGUACCAGGCGGUGAUGAGGCAGUUGCGCCUUCUUCACCACACUGUGUGGGUGGACCAUUUCAGUUUGUCAGUGAUAUGUACGCAGAGGAACCUAAAACUUUCCACCUUCUCCACUGCUGUCCUGUCGAUGUGGAUAGGGGGGUACUCCCUCUGCUGUUUCCUGAAGUCCACAAUCAUCUCCUUUGUUUUGUUGACGUUGAGUGAGAGGUUAUUUUCCUGACACCACACUCCGAGAGCCCUCACCUCCUCCCUGUAGGCUGUCUCAUCGUUGUUGGUAAUCAAGCCUACUACUGUUGUGUCGUCUGCAAACUUGAUGAUUAAGUUGGAGGCGUGCAUGGAUCCUUGACUAGUCUCUCAAAGCACUUCAUGAUGACAGAAGUGAGUGCUACGGGGCGAUAGUCAUUUAGUUCAGUUACCUUUGCAUUCUUGGGUACAGGAACAAUGGUGGCCAUCUUGAAGCAUUUGGGGACAGCAGACUGGGAUAGGGAGAGAUUGAAUAUGUCCGUAAACACACCAGCCAGCUGGUCUGCGCAUGCUCUGAGGACGCGGCUAGGAACGCCGUCUGGGCCGGCAGCCUUGUGAGGGUUAACACGUUUAAAUAUCUUACUCACGUAGGCCACGGAGAAGGAGAGCCCACAGUCCUUGGUAGCUGGCUGCGUCGGUGGCACUGUGUUAUCCUCAAAGCGGGCAAAGAACUUGUUUAGCUUGUCUGGCAGCAAGACGUCGGUGUCCGCGAUGUGGCUGGUUUUCCUAUUGUAGUCCGUGAUUGUCUGUAAACACUGCCACAUGUAAUGUAUCUAACAUCUACUCAAGCCCAUUUUAUCUCAGUUCCAUUUUGUUUGUGUGACAUUUGAUUGAUACAAUGUACUACUAUCUCUAAAUGUGACAAUUUGCUUUGAGUAACUGAGCAAUAUUUGUUUAAUUAUUAAAAUACCCACUGGGCACACACUGGUUGAACCAACGUGGAAUAGACAUUAAAUUGAUGUCUGUGCCCAUUGGGGAUAAAGGAUACUGGUUUCUACUAAGACCUUAUAAAUUCAAAUGAAACCUGAAUCCACUUCUUCAUUCCCCUCCCAGUCCCACCCUUAUAAUCCAUUCAAUAGUAGUCAGCUUGGACUGACAGCCUAACCCUCUCACCUUCCUUGCUUCCAGCUCAACCCUGCAUGAUCUGCCAAAUGGGAGCCAACCCACUCUAAAUGAUGAAGUGGUGUCAUUUGUUGCUUAACAUGGGAUAGUCUCUACAUUUAUGCAUUAUUCAAACCUACUACAUGUGCCCAUCCAACUUGGGACUGCAGUGCAUAUCUAUUAAUUUGCCAUGGGGGGAAAAUGAACAGAACAAAAGUAAUAAUUAUAUAUUUCAAAGGCUGUAAGGGUUAUUUCCCGGUAAAUGUAUUUCGAACAUACACAGGAACAUGUGUUUUAGUCAAUGUUUGCUAUCUUCAAAAUCUAUACAAUCAAUGAUUUUUAUGUUUUUUUCUAACAGGAAAUGGCUGGGUGUGUGUAUCUGGUCAUGGAGGUAAGAUGAAGUCUGGUUUACUUUAUGUAUAGGCUACUGUACAUAUGGAUUAAUAGUGGUUGUAGAAAGAUACAAUCAAAUUAGAGCUAAUGAAAUGUUCCAUUCUUCUCUGCUCCCAGUACUGCAAUGGAGGAGACUUGGCAGAAUACCUCCACUGUGAGUAUACUGUCACCUCACAAACAGAGCUUUGACAAAUGUGUCUCUCUUCUUAACUCAUGUUUGAACUUCAAAAGGAAUUGAAGCAUAUUAACAUCUUAAGCAUUCUAACAUCUUAAUUGUGAUUGUACUGUAGAUGUUGCUGGUGCCUGUAUUGGUAAGUAUGGUUAUUGCUUAGAGUGAAGAACCAAACACCAUUGGCUAGUGUGAAACAGGUCAAACAAAGACCUGCUUACUUGUGGAAAGAUUUGGUUGCAGGUUAUUGUGGUAAGCUAUUGUUAUAGUUAUAGUAAAUUACAUCUACGAGAGGCUUUGUUGAGGAUUUUGUUGAGUACUUUUAUUUUGAAAGAACAUGAAAAGUAGAACAAAUAAUCAUCUUUGGGCAACACAAUAUGACAUAUCAUUUAGAUGUGGGUUACAUGCUGACACAAUGCCUAGGCCUGUACAACAAAUACUUAAAGAGCUUGGUCCAAAUAAAGCCCAGCAUACAGAACAGGAUUUUUUGUGAUUAACACCAAAAGGAACGUCUCCCUACACCCACUAAAAAAACACAAGGCCACUAAAAAAUAUAUCUCCUUCACACACUGACCUAGAGUAACAUAACAAUAUUGGGCAAUGAAAAUAACUCCCUAUUCUGCCUGCUGUCUCAUAGCCAAAAUUGACAAUAAUCCCCCUACUGACACCAUCAUAAAUCCACAGAAUAAAAUAAAUUCUCUCCUCUCAUACUCUUAGCAGAAUAUCAACUGACAAUACUCUCCUCCUUCUAUUACACUCUCUCCCCUGAGAUACGGUGACUGGACCGAGAGCAUACAGAUCUCUCAUUUACUAAAUUUACCAUGUGUGCGUAGGUCGAUGAGUCUAUUUAAAGAUCGAAGGCCUGCUGUGGCCUGAUUUUGCUAUCAUGCAAGCGUGUCUUGUUUUGUAGACAAGACAUUCGCCUGACUCUCCUGUGCUUGCCCGCCCUUGCCAUUAGGUUGGCAUAUCCAACACCCAGACACGCCUUGCAAGGCUCAUGUAGUACCGACAUGACCUCAUCCAUCUUGCGCUGACUUAUCUCCUCUCCUCCAGUGGAAAAACACAGCCACUAAAAAUACAGCCGAGGUGCUUGAGGGAUUAGGGUGUCAGUUAGUUAUACCUGUCCUUUACACAUUUUGGAAGCAGUUCCUAUAACUAGCUAUAUACAGUGCUAUGAAAAAGUAUUUGCCCCCUUUCUAAUUUUCUCUACUUUUGCAUAUUUGUGAUACUGACUGUUAUCAGAUCUUCAACCAAAACCUAAUAUUAGAUAAAGGGAACAUAGGUGAACAAAUAACACAACAAUUACAUAUUUAUUACAUAAACAAAGUUAUGCAACACCCAAUUCCCCUGUGUGAAAAAGUAAUUGCCCCCUUACACUCAAUAACUGGUUGUGCCACCUUUAGCUGCAAUGACUCCAACCAAAUGCUUCCUGUAGUUGUUGAUCAGUCUCUCACGACGCUGUGGAGGAAUUUUGGCCCACUCUUCCAUGCAGAACUGCUUUAACUCAGUGACGUGUGGGUUUUCAAGCAUGAACUGCUCGUUUCAAGUCCUGCUACAACAUCUCAAUUGGGAUUAGGUCUGGGACCCAUCUCGUCCAAAAAGUUGACUCAAGUUUGCCAAAAAGCACCUGGAUGAUCAUCAAGACUCUUGGAAGAACGUUCUAUGGACAGAUGAUUCAAAAGUAUAAUUUUUUGGACUACAUGGUUCCAGUAAUGCCUGGCGAAAACCAAACUCUGCAUUCCACAGUAAGAACAUCAUACCAAAGGUCAAGGAUGGUGGUGGUGGUGUGAUGGUUUGGGGAUGCUUUGCUGCCUCAGGACCUGGACGACUUGCCUUAAUAGAAGGAACCAUGAAUUCUGCUCUGUAUCAGAGAAUUCUACAGGAGAAUGUCAGACCAUCCGUCUGUGAGCUGAAGCUGAAGCGCAGCUGGGUCAUGCAGCAAGACAAUGAUCGAAAACACACAAUCAAGUCUACAUGAAAACUGCUAAAAAGCAACAAAUUGGAAGUUUUGGAAUGGCCUAGUCAAAGUCCAGACCUAAUCCCAAUUGAGAUGUUGUGGCAGGACUUGAAACGAGCAGUUCAUGCUUGAAAACCCACACGUCACUGAGUUAAAGCAGUUCUGCAUGGAAGAGUGGGCCAAAAUUCAUUCACAGCGACAUGAGAGACUGAUCAACAACUACAGGAAGCAUUUGGUUUGAGUCAUUACAGUUAUUGAGUGUAAGGGGGCAAUUACUUUUUCACACAGGGGAAUUGGGUGUUGCAUAACUUUGUUUAUGAAAUAAAUAUGUAAUUGUUGUGUUAUUUGUUCACUUAUGUUCCAUUUAUCUAAUAUUAGGUUUUGGUUGAAGAUCUGAUAACAGUCAGUAUCACAAAUAUACAAAAGUAGAGAAAAUUAGAAAGGGGGCAAAUACUUUUUCAUAGCACUGUAUUAGUAGCCAUACCACUGUCGAAUCUCAUGACCCUUGUUCUACUAACUUUAUUUCCCAUGUAUGUUCUCCUGUUUGGCCUCUCACAUGACUGCAGCUAAGGCUACUCUGAGUGAGGACACCAUCCGGGUCUUCCUCCAGCAGAUAGCUGGGGCCAUGAAAGUGCUGAAAGAAAAGGGCAUCCUCCACAGAGACCUCAAACCUCAGAACAUCCUUCUCUGUCACCAUGAGGGACGCAAGUCCAGCCCCAACAACACCUGCAUCAAGAUAGGUGUGUGUUUUGGGAGGUUUUUGGUAAUAUACUGUACAUUAAGUACACAAAAGAGAUGCUGGACAGUUUUUGCUGCAGGGUGUGGAUGGGGGGUUGGGAAGUGAUUUGUUUGUUGAUCAAUGGCGGUUAGUUGUCAUAUUGCCACAUACAGGAUACAGCUACACUAGUCUCUUAAAUCAUUCACUUGGAAAGAGUCCAACAUUUAGCCUCCAGUUGUCCUCUUCUGAAAGAAAAAAACAUUUCUGAUCAUGGGUUUAGAGAAUGAAAAUAAGUGAAAAUAAGUGUUUUGAGAUGUGUUUUUGGCUGACGAUUUUGCCCUCUCUCCAGCUGAUUUUGGCUUUGCACGUCACCUCCAGUGUAACGCUAUGGCAGCCACUCUGUGUGGUUCUCCAAUGUAUAUGGUGAGAAACUCCUACUGCCCAUACACGUAUACAUCCUAACCCACCUUAUGGUGAAAUACUGUAAAUGUGACCCUAACCCACUGUGCUGUGUCUGUCUGUGCUCAGGCGCCGGAGGUGAUCAUGUCCCAGAACUAUGAUGCCAAAGCUGAUCUGUGGAGCAUAGGAACCAUAGUGUACCAGUGUUUAACUGGGAAAGCUCCGUUUCAGGUGAGUGAUAAUCAGACACACUCACAAUUUUAGGAAACAAGAUAAUGUUUAUAGUUUCAUGACUUACUAAUGCUAAUCUAAAAUGUUUUCUAAAAUCUCUGAAUGCUCUUGCAUAAGAAACUUCUAAUAGGCCUUUUACGAUUUAUAAUGCCUUUUGGAACAGGCUGAUUACCCUGGUACAUGUUAUAUUAUGAAAGAACUGACCAUAGAUCAUAUAAAAUAUAACCAUUAGCAUAAAGUAUGACAACACAUCACAAGCCUGUGAUAAACAGCAUGUGCACACACACAUCACACUGAGUGCCUCUCCAUCUGUUCCCCUGCUGUUAUGUUACUCCUGGGGGUCUGAACAGUGUGUCCACUUGUUCCGAAAGAUCCCUAUUUAUGAACAGCCAGGCUGCCAGGUGGAUGAGGAAAUGGCUGAGACCAGGGUAAACAUUGUUUCACAACAGCCAGGGCAGGCAGGGGGCUUAUCACCCUACCGUCCAGGAGGCCACUCUAUGCGGUGGACUGUGGCAUACGUAGUUAGGGUUGAUUGAUGCUGUGCUGAAUCAUGUUUUGAAAGAGUUCUAGAGAGCUGUUAGCAAGUUUGCCAAGCGAAAAUAGUUUGUCUUAUGUUCAUGUCUCCUUGAAAGGUUAAAUGAUCUGCCUGUUUAUUAGGAAGUCAGUAAUGAUUUAGCUGUAGGUUGAAGCUGUCUGCAAUUCGAAGAUUUUAACCUUUGUACUUGGUAUAGGGCUAUUCCUGCAUUAGAUUAUUUGAAUAGCAAUUACCCAGAGAGAAGCAUGCCAGGACAGGCCACUGAGUUCAGAGCAGACAGGGUCAGUGGCAGGGUGAUCAUGUAAUGCUGUAGUGUUCACUUAGACUGUCCAUGUCACCUGGUUUUAGUUGACAGGUCCUAAACAUCCAGUGUACAACCAACCACAAGAGACAAGCGUUUUUUUUUUAAAGAGAACUCAUAAAAUUACAACUUGUAUGUCCUCUGAUCCGAUGUAUUGACUGUUGAUUUCUUAAAGGCAAUUUUCUUUAUAGCAAUUAUUUUUUUUAAUUCAUCAUUUCAUUUUGCGGCAAAGCAUUAAACGAUUCAUUAAAAAAAGUGAUUGCAUGGGAACAGGUGUGUGUUCCAGCUGUAACAGACAGUUACAGACAGGAUGUGUGUGUGUCCUGUGUUGUGUGUUUGUCAUGCAGGCCAGUAGCCCCCAGGAGCUGCGUCUCUUCUAUGAGAGAAACAGGGACCUCCAGCCCAGGUUAGUAGUGAGACCUGCAGGCCUCUGCUCUGAGAAUCCACACACAAACAGGAUUAGGUGUGACUGAUCGAGGAUAGCAUAAACAGGCAGAUCUGUUUUAUCUGUCUAAUCAGCUUACUGACAGAUGACUUUAGAUAACCCUGUAAUACUGACAGAUAACUUUAGGUAACCAUAUAAUGUGCAGUCACCUCCAAAAUGAUUGGCACCCUUGAUAAAGAUGAGCAAAAAAGGCUCUAUAAAAUAAAUAAUACAAAUACCAAGCUAUAUUGUAUGCUCCAAAAAAUUGGAAAAUUAUAUUAUUUUAUACUAAAGUGUAAUUCAGAGUCCACAGGCGCAGAGUCCAUAGUCCGGCAUCCCAUUGUGACACAUAGCUACUCGGCUCUCAGACCACCAUCUGCGGGGGACGCACAGCCCAAACAAGCACCUCGCCAAAAUUCCCAAACAACGCGGCUCCGCGUACAUGUCCUCUAUUUGUGUUGACAGUUAGAGAAAUUGCUUGAGCCACGCUGAGAAUUCGUAAAGUAUGAAAGCCAACGGUCCAAUAUGCUAGAACACUGCUGUGCGUAUGCGUACACGCUUUGGACUCUGAUAAGCGCUUAAUACAAUUUCUCAGAGAAAUUGAUUUUAUUUAACACUUUAUUUUCUUUUUUGAUAGGUGUCAAAAUUAUUGGCACACCUAAAAAUUCUUAUACACUCAAGUUUCACGUUUCACGUUUUAUUGUCACGUGCACAAGGACAGUGAAAUGCAUUUCUUGCAAGCUCUUUCCAAACAAUGCAGUAAUCAAUAUCAGGAGUUCUAUUUUUAAAAAGUCAAGUAGAACAAAAACACACGAGAAAUAGAAAUAAGAAGAACACGAGAAAGUAAGAAGCUAUAUACAGGGUCAGUUCCAGGGUCAGUGCCAAUACCAUAUUUACAAUGUGCUGGGAUACUGGAGUGGUAGGGUUAGAUAUGUAUAGGGGUAAGGUGACUAGGCAUCAGGAUAUAUGAUGAAUAGAGUAGCAGCAGCGUAUAUGAUGAUUUUAUGUGAGUGUGUGUGCGUGCGUGUGUGUGUGUAGAGUCAGUAUGAAUGUGUGUGGGUGUUAUGUGUGUGUGAGCAAAUUAAGUGUGUGUGUGUGUGUGUGUUGGAGUGUGAGUUUGUGUGUGUGACUGAGUGUGUAGAGUGUGCAUAGAGUGAGUGUGUGAGUGUGCAUAGACUCAGUCUGGUACUGCUUGAUGUGUGGAAGCAGAGAGAACAGUCCAUGGCUUGGGUGUCUGGAGUCUUUAACAAUUUUCCAGACCUUCCUUUCACACCGCCUGAUAUAGAGGUCCUGGAUGGCAGGGAGCUCGGCCCCAGUGAUGUACUGGGCUGUCCGCACCAUCCUCUGUAGUGCCAUGCGAUCGAGGGCGGUAUAGUUGCCAAAGCAAGCAGUGAUGCAGCCAGUCAAGAUGCUCUCAAUGGUUAGCUGUAGAAUUGUAUAUCUCUUAUUCAUGGAAACAGAUAUUAUCCCCCUCUCCAUCCCCUUUGAAGUGCAAAACAGCCAUAGGCAUUUGUUAUCUUUUUAUCUUUUACUUUGUGAGCUUGUGUGUUUGUGUCACUCAGGGGAAUACCAAUUUAGUAGAACUCUGUCUCUAAUAAAGUCUGUGAUGAGGAUGGGCAUGUUUGUGUGGGUUACAGGGGUUACAGGGUUUGUUAUUUGCUUUUUUCUAUUUAUAACUGCUGUUAGCUGCCUGCUAUUGCACUGCUAUUACUUUCCACAUGACCCACAUAGAUCACACACACAUACACACACACAGACACACACACACACACCACAGCUCCCCUUACAAAAAAAGAUUUCAGUCAGAAUGCAGUCUAACUACAGUUAUUCUGCAAUUACUGCGUCCAAAAUACCACAGUCGACUGCAGUUACUGCACUUUUACUACGUUUAAAAACUGCUAUCUUUUUUUGUAAGGGUCAGGGUGUCAAAAUGCCCUGAGUCACUCAAACAUAAACACAGGCACACAGCCACACUCAUACAGUAUCAUACCUCACAAUCUUGCUCUUAGUGCUAGUAAAACACAACCACACACCACAUUACAGCUCAGGGUGUCAUAACAACCCGAUUUAUUGCUUAGUAAGGAAUAAUCAAUGAGGGGCUAUGUGUUCUCUGGAACACUGCAUUAUUUUCCAGAGAAUGCAUAGAGCCCUGAGUUGAUUAUCCCUUUUAUACCAUGGCUAUAAUUUAACAUAUUUGCCGCUAGAAAUGUAUUCAUUUGCCAGUAGAAAUGUGACAACAUCCACUAAAGUAGCUAGCUUUCUAUUUUUACCAAUGACCUGCCACUGGCAUUAAACAAAGCAUGUGUGUCCAUCCAAUGUAUGCUGGUGAUUCAACCAUAUAUACGCAUCAGCAACCACAGCUAAUGAAUUCACUGAAACCCUUAACAAGUUGAGGAGACUAAAUUACUUGCCGUUACCUUAGAUUGUAAACUGUCAUGGUCAAAACAUAUAGAUUCAAUGGUUGUAAAGCUGGGGAGAGGUCUGGCUGUAGUAAAGAGAUGCUCUGCUUUUUUGCAAGUUCUGCAGGCUCUAGUUUUGUCUUAUCUUGAUUAUUGUCCAGUCGUGUGGUCGAGUGCUGCAAGGAAAUACCUAGUUAAGCUGCAGCUGGCCCAGAACAGAGCGGCACGUCUUGCUCUUCAUUGUAAUAAGAGGGCUGAUAUAAAUACUAUGCAUGCCAGUCUCUCUUGGCUAAGAGUUGACUGACUACAUCACUUCUUCUUUUUCUAAGAAAUAUUAAUGUGUUGAAAAUCCCAAAUUGCUUGCAGAGUCAACUUACACACAGCUCUGACACAGACACUUACAUUUUAGUCAUUUAGCAGACGCUCUUAUCCAGAGCGUCUUACAGUUAGUGAGUGCUUACAUUUUCAUACUGGCCCCCCGUGAGAAACGAACCCACAACCCUGGCGUUGCAAGCGCCAUGCUCUACCAACUGAGCUACAGGGGACACUUACCCCACCAGACAUGCCACCAGGGGUCUUUUCACAGUCCCCAAAUCCAGAACAAAUUCAAGAAAGCGUACAGUAUUAUAUAGAGCCAUUAUUGCAUGGAACUCCGUUCCAUCUCAUAUUGCUAAAAUAAACAGCAAACCUGGUUUCAAAAAACAGAUAAAGCAACACCUCACGGCACAACGCCUCUCCCCUAUUUGAUCUAGAUAGGUCAAAGGCUACAUGUGCCUCUAAAAAAGUAGUUCUGUCCUUGAGCUGUUCUUGUCUAUUAAUGUUCUGUAUUAUGUCAUGUUUCAUGUUUUGUGUGGACCCCAGGAAGAGUAGCUGCUGCUGUUGCAACAGCUAAUGGGGAUCCUAAUAAAAUACCAAAUACCUCAGGCCUUAUUGCUUAAACAAACUCACUCACAAACAUCAUCUUCUAAAUAGUCAAUACACACAAACACAAAACAAUCCAACAUGUGAUAUUACUCUGUGUCCUUGUUGAACACGCAGCUUGUUUAUGGUCAUUAAAGAAAAAUGUUUUCAAAGUGAAACCUGUAACCCUGUGUUUCUCCCAGCAUCCCGCGGGAGACGUCAGUCCACCUAAGACACCUGCUCCUGGGCCUGCUGCAAAGGAACCAUAAGGAGCGCAUGGACUUUGGUUAGCCUCACUCACUCUCUCACUCAAUAACAUUUGCACUGCUGUCUGAUGUGACGUCUUUUUCACUGGAAUGGAACUGCAAUCAGUCCUUGCAAUGUCAGUCUUAUUUCAAUUUAUUUGGCAUUGUUUACCCACACAGAUGAGUUUUUCCAUCACUCUUUCCUUGAGUCAAGUUCAUCCACAAAGAAAUGUGAGUAUCCCUAUAGGCCAUAAAGGCAAAUUGCUCAGUGGAUUAGAACUGCAUUUUAGACAGGUAUGAUUUAUUAAUGAGUUCUAAUGUACAACUCAAGUUAUUUAGUACCUAAAUAAAGAGUGCCACAGCCAUGGCAUGACCCCCAGUAUGUAGUUGGGAUUAAUACCACAGUGACCGUGUCCUUCAUCAUUCCAGCCUCUCCGGUGCCCAUGCCCUCCUACCCCAGCUCUGGCUCUGCCAGCUCCUCUAGCAGUUCCUCCACCUUACACCUGGCCUCCUCCCCUCAAGUGAGUACCCCUCCUCUCUGGGGAGUGAUAACGAUGAUGAAUAAGCUUUAUAUAGCACUUUUCCUAGUGCUCAGCCCAAUGCUCUAUAAUGUGAAGGGGAAAUGAUCUGCUACCAAUACCAGUCACCUAGGGUCUAAUAUUAUAUAUUUUCCACUCUUUUUCCCUUCAGCAUUCCGAUGCGGAGCUGCAGAGACUCCAGCCCAAGGCCGAGUCCUCCCCUUCCCAGGACACAGCCCUCCACAACAGCAGGAACACCUCCUCUGAGACGGACGACUUUGUCAUGGUGCCUGCCCAGUUCCCCAGUAAGACUCCCUAUCUCACCCUAGCGCUCUCUCUCUGUCUUUAUCUCUCUAGCUCUUACAUUACCAGCACUGUGUUAUUGAUAUGGGUUUGAUUAAUGCUGUAAAGCAUGUGACUGAUAUGUCCCUGGAUCCUGUUUUGUUACCUCCAGGUGAGAUCACAUGUGACAUGGCAGAUGGGUCACCUGUCCAGGGCAGCCUGUUGUGCAGUGGGUAAGAUGAGUACAGGAUAAUGAUAUAACUCUGUUUUAUUUAAUAUAAGGAAAUGUAUAGUCCUACUGUAGAAACCUGUACAAUGGAGAUGGUUAUGUGAGGCCCUUAUAGCAGCAGGUAGAUAGUGGGUAGCACUGACUGACUCUGUCCUGUACCUUUGUCUUGAUGAUAAAGGAGCUCUCUGCUGGCUGCUGGGGUACUUGGGAGUCUAGGCAGGACACCACCCCCCUCUUCACCCCUCUGUCCCCCUAAUCCUGUUAGGUAAGAGCAGGGCUGACUGAGGGGGACAGAUGGGGAUUAAACCUGGGCUAUUAGAAGUUUCAGAGCAUUUGUCCAUCUCACCCUCCUUUAUUCUGACCAGCCUUUAGAAUAAAGCACACUCCUGUUUAACUGAUGGGUAUCAAAUUAUAACAUCCUUUAGUGUUUGUCAUACUACAAACAUUGUGAGAGAAAGGGAGAAUGGACCUGUCCUAACCUAAUAGACAUACAAAUCUGAGGGAACAAGUGGUGUUUUUACAGGCAUUUACUGUGUUUGUUUCCCUUCAACCCUCCACUGUGUUCAAUCCCACAAAAUCACUGAGGUGUACUCAUCCUUUUCCUGUCUCCCCUCCCUUUUGAUCUGUGCAGCAGGCCUGCAGACUUCAGUGGGAGUAGCUACAGCCAGUCUGUGCCCAUUCCUGUCCCAACACAGAUCCACAACUACCAGCGUUUAGAACAGAACCUACACCCUGCAGGUCUACAUGGCUCAACCAGGUACAUCUCUCUCUAUCACUUUCUCUGUCUCUUGUGUCUGUCAAUCGUUCUUUCUUUCUCUCUCUCUCUCUCUCUCUCUCUCUCUCUCUCUCUCUCUCUCUCUCUCUCUCUCUCUCUCUCUCUCUCUCUCUCUCUCUCUGUCUCUGUCUCUGUCUCUGUCUCUCUGUCGCUCUGUCGCUCUCUCUCUCACUCUCUCUCUCUCUUCUGUGGGGCAUUUCUACUGUGGGGGUGUAUUCUGGAAAUUGUUGAUGGCAUGUUACACAUCUGUUUCAGGGCCACCCUGUGCUGUGUUGAUAGUAGUAGUGGCAGUUCCCCAGGGAGUAGGAAGACUGGAGCCUCCCUUCCUCUCCCAUCAGGCACCGGGGGGGCAGUGCUCAGCCACCGCAGGCUGUCAGCUGGAGGGGCCAGACCCUACCAGCCCUCUCCACAAGGUACAGUAGGAAUCCCCUUAGACCUCCAUUACUGCAUUACUACAAUGCUGACAUUCCAACAUGCUAUUGCAUCUCACCGUAACAUGUGCUUCUUCACUUCUCUUCUCCCAGUGGGCACUAUCCCAGAGACCCCAGAGCAGACUGGUCUCUUCAGCACCUGGACAGGACAACAGAGCCCUCAGGUCAGCCGCUAAACAAUGUCACAUUUAGUGGUCUCUUCUGCAAACUCAUGAGUGAAGUAGUUACUCUAUAAUACAACAUUCUCAUGUUGUUAUUUUCCUGAUUCCUACUUAGGCCACGCCUCCACAUGAAUUCCCCCGGCCCACCAGCUUUGAGGACUUGCCCAUCAUUCCCACCCGCACACGGACAGUGUCAGACCUGAGCCACAUCAGCAGGGCCACAGGGAAGAGGAAGGGCCCCUUCAAAAGGUGAGAACCAGCUCUAUAGAUACUGGUUAUCUGAUAUCCAUAAAUGUUGUAGUAAGCUCUAUCUUUAGGUAUGACUGAGUAAUGAUUAAACUUGUCUGCUGAGGCCCUCUGAAGGUAUCUGUGUGUGUGUGUUAUAUCUCCAGGUCUCUGAGUGCAGGCCGUCUGUCUGACAUGCUGCUGAAGGCUGCUUUUGGAGCUCAGCUGUUGGAUGGAGGAAGUAACGAGAGCCUUUACACUGAGAGGUCCAUGGACACCACAGGUACCAGGGCACCAUGGGCAUGCCAGGGGAAUUGGAUUUUGAGCUGUGGAAAAAUGUAUUGUUUGUUUCUAAUUGUGUAAGAAGGUCGCGCCGACAGACAUGGAAGCUCUGCUUCUAGCGCCUAAAAACUUUGCAGUGUUUAGUUUUUUUGUGUGUUAUUUCUUACAUUAUUAGCCCAGAAUGUUUUUUGUGUUAUUACAUACAGUCGGAAAUAACUGUUGGAUAUCAGAGCGGCGGUAGCUCACCAGCAUAACGACCAGGAAUACGCCUUUACCGAAUUGGAUCCUUUGUUUGUACCCCCCAGGGCAAUUUUAUUUUAUUUUAUUUUAUUUAACCAGGUAAGCCAGUUGAGAACAAGUUCUCAUUUACAACUGCGACCUGGCCAAGAUAAAGCAAAGCAGUGCGAUAAAAACAACAACAACAACAACAGAGUUACAUACGGAAUAAACAAAACGUACAGUCAAUAACACAAUAGAAAAUCUAUAUAGAGUGUGUGCAAAUGUAGUAAGUUAUGGAGGUAAGGCAAUAAAUAGGCCAUAGUGCAAAAUAAUUACAAUUUAUUAUUAACACUGGAGUGAUAGAUGUGCAGAAGAUGAUGUGCAAAUAGAGAUACUGGGGUGCAAAUGAGCAAAAUAAAUAACAAUAUGGGGAUGAGGUAGUUGGGUGGGCUAAUUACAGAUGGGCUGUGUACAGGUGCAGUGAUUGGUAAGCUGCUCUGACAACUGAUGCUUAAAGUUAGUGAGGGAGAUAAGUGUCUCCAGCUUCAGAGAUUUUUGCAGUUCGUUCCAGUCAUUUGCAGCAGAGAACCGGAAGGAAUGGCGGCCAAAGGAGGUGUUGGCUUUGGGGAUGACCAGUGAGAUAUACUUGCUGGAACGCAUACUACGGGUGGGUGUUGCUAUGGUGACCAAUGAUCUAAGAUAAGGCAGGGAUUUGCCUAGAAGUGAUUUAUAGAUGACCUGGAGCCAGUGGGUUUGGCGACGAAUAUGUAGUGAGGGCCAGCCAACGAGAGCGUACAGGUCACAAUGGUGGGUAGUAUAUGGGGCUUUGGUGACAAAACGAAUGGCACUGUGAUAAACUACAUCCAAUUUGCUGAGUAGAGUGUUGGAAGCUAUUUUGUAAAUGACAUCGCCGAAGUCAAGGAUCGGUAGGAUAGUCCGUUUUACGAGGGCAUGUUUGGCAGCAUGAGUGAAGGAGGCUUUGUUGCGAAAUAGGAAGCCGAUUCUAGAUUUAACUUUGGAUUGGAGAUGCUUAAUGUGAGUCUGGAAGGAGAGUUUACGGUCUAACCAGAGUCCAAUGAAGGGCCAGAUGUAUACAAAAUGGUGUCGUCUGCGUAGAGGUGGAUCUGAGAGUCACCAGCAGCAAGAGCGACAUCAUUGAUAUGCACAGAGAAUAGAGUCGGCCCGAGAAUUGAACCCUGUGGCACCCCCAUAGAGACUGCCAGAGGUCCAGACAACAGGCCCUCCGAUUUGACACAUUGAACUAUAUCUGAGAAGUAGUUGGUGAACCCAGGCGAGGCAGUCAUUUGAGAAACCAAGGCUAUUUAGUCUUCCAAUAAGAAUGCAGUGAUUGACAGAGUCAAAAGCCUUGGCCAGGUCAAUGAAGACGGCUGCACAGUACUGUCUUUUAUCGAUCGCGGUUAUUAUAUCAUUUAGGAUCUUGAGCGUGGCUGAGGUGCACCCAUGACUAGCUUGGAAACCAGAUUGCAUAGCGGAGAAGGUAUGGUGGGAUUCGAAAUGGUCAGUGUGUCUCCCGAGUGGCGCAGUGGUCUAAGGCACUGCAUCGCAGUGCUAGCUGUGCCACUAGAGAUCCUGGUUCGAAUCCAGGCUCUGUCGUAGCCGGCCACGACCGGGAGACCCAUGGGGCGGCGCACAAUUGGCCCAGUGUCGUCUAGGGUAGGGGAGGGAAUGGCCGGCAGGGGAUGUAGCUCAGUUUGUAGAGCAUGGCGUUUGCAACGCCAGGGUUGUGGGUUCGAUUCCCACGGGGGGUAUAAAAAAAUAAUACAAAAAUAAUUAUUAUUAUGUAUUCACUUACUGUAAGUCGCUCUGGAUAAGAGCGUCUGGUAAAUGUAAUGUAAAUGUCAGUGAUCUGUUUAUUAACUUGGCUUUCAAAUACUUUCAAAAGGCUGGGCAGGAUAGAUAUAGGUCUGUAACAGUUUGGAUCUAGAGUGUCACCCCCUUUGAAGAGGGGGAUGACCGCGGCAGCUUUCCAAUCUCUGGGGAUCUCAGACGAUACGAAAGAGAGGUUGAACAGGCUAGAAAUAGGGGUUGCGACAAUUUCGGCAGCUAAUUUUAGAAAGAAAGGGUCCAGAUUGUCUAGCCCAGCUGAUUUGUUGGGGUCCAGAUUUAGCAGCUCUUUCAGGACAUCAGCUAUCUGAAUUUGGGUGAAGGAGAAGCGGGGGGGGGGGGGGCAUGGGCAAGUUGCAGCGGAGGGUGCAGAGCUGGUGGCCGGGGUGCAAAGCAUGGCCAGCCGUAGCAAAAUGCUUCUUGAAAUUCUCGAUUAUCGUAGAUUUAUCGGUGGUGACAGUGUUUCCUAGCCUCAGUGCAGUGGAUAGCUGGGAGGAGGUGGUCUUAUUCUCCAUGGACUUUACAGUGUCCCAAAACUUUUUGGAGUUAGUGCUACAGGAUGCACAUUUCUGUUUGAAAAAGCUAGCCUUUGCUUUCCUAACUGAUUGUGUAUAUUGGUUCCUGACUUCCCUGAAAAGUUGCAUAUCGCGGGGGCUGUUCGAUGCUAAUGCAGUACGCCACAGGAUGUUUUUGUGCUGGCCAAGGGCAGUCAAGUCUGGGGUGAACCAGGGGCUAUAUCUGUUGUUAGUUCUGAAUUCUUUGAAUGGGGCAUGCUUAUUUAAGAUGGAGAGGAAAACACUUUUAAAAAACAACCAGGCAUCCUCUACUGACGGAAUGAGGUCCAUAUCCAUCCAGGAUACCCGGGCCAGGUCAAUUAGAAAGGCCUGCUCGCUGAAGUGUUUUAGGGAGUGUUUGACAGUGAUGAGGGGUGGUCGUUUGACCGCGGACCCAUUACGGACGCAGGCAAUGAGGCAGUGAUCGCUGAGAUCCUGGUUGAAGACAGCGGAGGUGUAUUUAGAGGGUAAAUUAGUCAGGAUGAUAUCUAUGAGGGUGCCCAUGUUUACGGAUUUAGGGUUGUACCUGGUAGGUUCCUUGAUAAUUUGUGUGAGAUUGAGGGCAUCUAGUUUAGAUUGUAGGACGGCCGGGGUGUUGAACUUAUCCCAGAGGCUGCUCCAAGACGCCACUGACGGAGAAGAGGUAUUUGGAGUGGACUUGUAGUCCGACUCAGGAGGCGUGCGCACCAUCCACCGCUUCCGAGUAUAUUACUCGCUAAUGUUCAAUCUCUGGACAAUAAAGUAGACAAGCUCAGGGCGAGGAUCUCCUUCCAGAGAGACAUCAGGGGCUGUAACAUACUCUGUUUCACGGAAUCAUGGCUCUCCGGAUAUACUGUCCCCGUCCAUACAGCCAGCUGGGUUCUCAGUACAUCGCACAGACAGGAAUAAAGAACUCCCCAGGAAGAAGAAAGGUGGUGGUGUAUGUUUCAUGAUUAACUACUCAUGGUGUGAUUGUGACAACGUACAGAAACUCAAGUCCUUUUGUUCACCCGACCUAGAAUACCUCACAAUCAAAUGCCGACCGUAUUACCUCCCAAGAGAAUUCUCUUCGGUUAUAGUCACAGCCGUGUAUAUUCCCCCUCAAGCCAAUACCAAGACGGCCCUCAAGGAACUACACUGGACUUUGUGCAAACUGGUAACCACAUAUCCUGUGGCCGCAUUUAUUGUAGCUGGGGAUUUUAACAAAGUUAUAUUUUGAGGAAAACGCUACCGAAGUUCUAUCAACACAUUGACUGUAGUACUCGCACUGGAAAAACGCUCGACCACUGCUACUCCCCGUUCCGGGAUGCCUACAAGGACCUCCUCCGCCCUCCCUUCGGCAAAUCAGAUCACGACUACAUUUUGCUCCUCCCUUCCUAAAGGCAGAAACUCAAACAGGAAGUACUCGUGCUAAGGUCUAUUCAACGCUGGUCUGACCAUUCGGAAUCCAUGCUUCAAGAUUGUUUUGAUCACGCGGACUGGGAUAUGUUCUGGGUAGCCUCUGAGAAUAACAUUGACGUAUACACAGACACGGUGACUGAGUUCAUCAGGAAGUGUAUAGGGGAUGUUGUUCCCACUGUGACUAUUAAAACCUACCCAAACCAGAAACCAUGGAUAGAUGGCAGCAUUCGUGCAAAACUGAAAGCGCGAACGACUGCAUUUAACCAUGGCAAGGUGACUGGGAAUAUGGUUGUAUACAAACAGUGUAGUUAUUCCCUCCGUAAGGCAAUCAAACAGGCAAUACGUCAGUACAGAGAAAAAGUGGAGUUGCAAUUAAAUGGCUCAGACACGAGACAUAUGUGGCAGGGUCUACAGACAAUCACGGAUUACAAAGGGAAAACCAGCCACAUCGUGGACACCGACGUCUUGCUCCCGGACAAGCUGAACACCUUCUUCGCUUUGAGGAUAACACAGUACCACCGAUGGGGCCCGCUCCCAAGGACUGUGGGCUCUCGUUCUCCGUGGCCGACGUGAGUAAGACGUUAAUGCAUGUUAACCCUCACAAGGCUGCCGGCCCAGACGGCAUCCCUAGCCGCGUCUUCAGAGCAUGCGCAGACCAGGUGUCUGGAGUGUUUACAGACAUAUUCAAUCUCUUCCUAUCCCAGUCUGCUGUCCCCAAUUGCUUCAAGAUGUCCACCAUUGUUCCUGUACCCAAGAAAUCAAAGGUAACGGAACUAAAUGACUAUCACCCCGUAGCACUCACUUCUGUCAUCAUGAAGUGCUUUGAGAGGCUAGUUAAGGAUCAUAUCACUUCUACCUUACCUGACACGCUAGACCCACUUCAAUUUGCAUAUCGCCCCAAUAGAUCCACAGACGACGCAAUCGCCAUCGCAUUGCACACUGCCCUAUCCCAUCUGGACAAGAGGAAUACCUAUGUAAGAAUGCUGUUCAUUGACUACAGCUCAGCCUUCAAAACCAUAGUACCCUCCAAGCUCAUCAUUAAUCUCGGGUCCCUGGGUCUGAACCCCGCCCUGUGCAACUGGGUCCUGGACUUCCUGACGGGCUGCCCCCAGGUGGUGAAGGUAGGUAGCAACACCUCCACUUCGCUGAUCCGCAACACAGGGGCCCCACAAGGGUGCGUGCUCUGCUACCUCCUGUACUCCCUGUUCACCCAUGACUGCGUGGCCACGCACGCCCCCAACUCAAUCAUCAAGUUUGCAGAUGACACAACAGUAGUAGGCCUGACUCCCAAAAAUGACGAGACAGCCUACAGGGAGGAGGUGAGGGCACUGACGGAGUGGUGCCAGGAAAAUAACCUCUCCCUCAAAACGAAGGAGCUGAUCUUGGACUUCAGAAAACAGCAGAGGGAGCACGCCUUUAUCCACAUCGACGGGACCGCAGUGGAGAAGGUGGAAAGCUUCAUGUUCCUCGGCGUACACAUCACUGACAAUCUGAAAUGGUCCACCCACACAGACAGUGUGGUGAAGAAGGCGCAACAGCGCCUCUUCAACCUCAGGAGGCUGAAGAAAUUUGGCUUGGCCCCUAAGACCCUCACAAACUUUUACAGAUGCACAAUUGAGACAAACUUUUACAGAUGCACAAUUGAGAGCAUCCUGUCGGACUGUAUCACCGCCUGGUACGGCAACUGCACCCCUCGCAACUGCAGGGCUCUCCAGAGGGUGGUGCGGUCUGCCCUACGCAUCACCGGGGGCACACUGCCUACCCUCCAGGACACCUACAGCACCCGAUGUCACAAGAAGGCUAAAAAGAUCAUAAAGGACAUCAACCACUUGAGCCACGGCCUGUUCACCCAGCUACCAUACAGAAGGCGAGGUCAGUACUGGUGCAUCAAAGCUGGGACCGAGAGACUAAAAAACAGCUUCUAUCUCCAGGCCAUCAGACUGUUAAAUAGCCAUCACUAGCCGGCAACCACCUGGUUACUCAACCCUGCACCUUAGAGGCUGCUGCCCUAUGUACAUAGACAUGGAAUCACUGGUCACUUUAAUAAUGGAACACUAGUCACUUUAAUAAUGUUUACAUACUGCUUUACUCAUUUCAUAUGUAUAUAUUGAAUUAUUUUCUACUGUAUUUUAGUCUAUGCCACUCCGACAUUGCUAGUCCUAAUAUUUAUAUAUUUCUUAAUUCCAGUCUUUUACUUUUAGAUUUGUGUGUAUUGUUGUGAAUUGUUAGAUACUACUGCACUGUUGGAGCUAGGAACACAAGCAUUUCGCUACACCCGCAAUAAAAUCUGCUAAAUAUGUGUAUGUGACCAAUAACAUUUGAUUGAUUUGAUUUGAUUCGGCCAUGGCUUAGGCUUUAUGUAAUUGUGCUACUGCCCACUCUUUUCAUACAGUGGGGAGAACAAGUAUUUGAUACACUGCCGAUUUUGCAGGUUUUCCUACUUACAAAGCAUGUAGAGGUCUGUAAUUUUUAUCAUAGGUACACUUCAACUGUGAGAGACGGAAUCCAGAACAAAAAUCCAGAAAAUCACAUUGUAUGAUUUUUAAGUAAUUAAUUUGCAUUUUAUUGCAUUACAUAAGUAUUUGAUCACCUACCAACCAGUAAGAAUUCUGGCUCUCACAGACCUGUUAGUUUUUCUUUAAGAAGCCCUCCUGUUCUCCACUCAUUACCUGUAUUAACUUGCACCUGUUUGAACUCGUUACCUGUAUAAAAGACACCUGUCCACACACUCAAUCAAACAGACUCCAACCUCUCCACAAUGGCCAAGACGAGAGAGCUGUGUAAGGACAUCAGGGAUAAAAUUGUAGACCUGCACAAGGCUGGGAUGGGCUACAGGACAAUAGGCAAGCAGCUUGGUGAGAAGGCAACAACUGUUGGCGCAAUUAUUAGAAAAUGGAAGAAGUUCAAGAUGACGGUCAAUCACCCUCGGUCUGGGGCUCCAUGCAAGAUCUCACCUCGUGGGGCAUCAAUGAUCAUGAGGAAGGUGAGGGAUCAUCCCAGAACUACACGGCAGGACCUGGUCAAUGACCUGAAGAGAGCUGGGACCACAGUCUCAAAGAAAACCAUUAGUAAUACACUACGCCGUCAUGGAUUAAAAUUCUGCAGCGCACGCAAGGUCCCCCUGCUCAAGCCAGCGCAUGUCCAGGCCCGUCUGAAGUUUGCCAAUGACCAUCUGGAUGAUCCAGAGGAGGAAUGGCAGAAGGUCAUGUGGUCUGAUGAGACAAAAAUAUAGCUUUUUGGUCUAAACUCCACUCGCCGUGUUUGGAGGAAGAAGAAGGAUGAGUACAACCCCAAGAACACCAUCCCAACCGUGAAGCAUGGAGGUGGAAACAUCAUUCUUUGGGGAUGCUUUUCUGCAAAGGGGACAGGACGACUGCACCGUAUUGAGGGGAGGAUGGAUGGGGCCAUGUAUCGCGAGAUCUUGGCCAACAACCUCCUUCCCUCAGUAAGAGCAUUGAAGAUGGGUCGUGGCUGGGUCUUCCAGCAUGACAACGACCCGAAACACACAGCCAGGGCAACUAAGGAGUGGCUCCGUAAGAAGCAUCUCAAGGUCCUGGAGUGGCCUAGCCAGUCUCCAGACCUGAACCCAAUAGAAAAUCUUUGGAGGGAGCUGAAAGUCUGUAUUGCCCAGCGACAGCCCCGAAACCUGAAGGAUCUGGAGAAGGUCUGUAAGGAGGAGUGGGCCAAAAUCCCUGCUGCAGUGUGUGAAAACCUGGUCAAGACCUACAGGAAAAGUAUGAUCUCUGUAAAUGCAAACAAAGGUUUCUGUACCAAAUAUUAAGUUCUGCUUUUCUGAUGUAUCAAAUACUUAUGUCAUGCAAUAAAAUGCAAAUUAAUUACUUAAAAAUCAUACAAUGUGAUUUUCUGGAUUUUUGUUUUAGAUUCCGUCUCUCACAGUUGAAGUGUACCUAUGAUAAAAAUUACAGACCUCUACAUGCUUUGUAAGUAGGAAAACCUGCAAAAUCGGCAGUGUAUCAAAUACUUGUUCUCCCCACUGUAUAUUAGGUGGGGUCUUAAUAUAUCCAGGACAAGCCUUAUCUAUAAGCUAUGUGAGGCUUGACAAGAAAAGUAAAUGUUUGAUAAAUGUUGCUGACUGCAAGUUAGUGGGUAUAGGACCAUACAUUUGCAUUGGAGGUUCAUGGUCAAUGUCCAUGCCAGUUCAGCCAGUUGACGCCAGUUCCCCCUGAUGUGUUCCUACAGCUCCAACUAGUGGUGCUUUGAGGGUUGCAGGAUCCUCAGCCUCAGGCAGUCCCAGCUCAGUCGCGUUCACUGGGGGAUCCCCAUCCAGAAGAAACACCGGGACUCCACCAAAUACUACCAGGACGUUCUCAGGUAUAUAGGGCUCUAAAACUAUCUAAGGACGACUAGAAGUGUUUCUUAUUUAGUUCUCAUACUAGAUCAGUAGAGUCUGAUUAGACAUUCAUAAUUUCAGCGUGGUAUCAGGGUCUAUGUAAUGGAAUGUGCAGAGAGGGAGAAAUGCUUGAAAAUGCUAUUAAAUAACAUUUUCAUAUUUGAUAUUUCCUCUUAAGCAGUGGGUUCCCCCAGCUAUGUCAGCCCAGCCUGGUCAAUCAGCAGCGGAACCCAUAGAGAUGUACCUAACUACCAGCACUUAACCAACCCCAUGACAGCCAGCCCAGACAGGGCCAUAGAUUUUGACCCUCCAGAGCUCCCAGAGGAGACACUGAUGGGGGUAAACACAUAAACACUCCUUUAUAAUAUAUUAGGUCUCUGUACAUGAAUGGAUUCAUCACUGAGUUAUUGUUAAUAGAUUUUGAACACAUACACAGUUUGCACAUUGCCAGAAACUAGAACCUAGACAGUUGACACAAUGCUAUCCUUUCAGCUAACCUUUCUGUCUCUCCAUCACAGCAGUGGCAUACGGAUGGCCUGAGGAACCUGCGCUUCACUCUGGCCUUUGUCCACUGUGUCAUGGAGAUAGCCAGUUCUAAAGACACUGAACUUGAGAGCGAGACCAGUGGGGACGCUCCUGAUGUGUCCUUCCUGCAGCAAAGCCUGGUGGCUGAUCAGAUCAGUCUUCUAAGUCGGGAGUGGGGGUGAGGGGAUGCAUCUCUGUUAUUGAUUCCCUGAGCUUUAAAUUUGACCUAAUUUUAAGAAAUCACAGCAUAAUGAUGUAUCUUUAGUACUUUAAGAUGUAUUUAUUUUAUUUUGGGGAAUAAUAUUUGUGUACAUGUUAACGUUGGUAUUCUCGAUGUGUGUAUCACAGCUAUGCAGAGCAGUUGGUGCUGUACAUGAAGGCUGCAGAAUUUCUGUCGUCUGCAUUACACACUGCUAUGGAGGACAUCAGAGAAGGCAGACUCUUCCCCUCCUCUACAGUCAAGCAAGGUGAGACAUGGGACCACAUUCCUCUUCUAAUUGAUAUGUGCAGAAUAAAUUGUCAUUAAAUCCUGUUAAUCCCUCGAGUCGAUUUCUGCAGCCCUGUUGAACUAUAAUUAGCAUAAUAAAACAAACAAAAUCUGUUCGUUUAAGGUAGAGAUAUCUGGGGUUUUUGCAUUGGAUGUGUCUGGAUCCACCGCAUCCGCAGAUGUCGCACUUCCGCAUCUACAGAGCUAGAGCGGUGUUUGUCAGACUAUGAGACAUCCAGAAAAGCAGUUUUCUCAUGAAAACGUCUGUAGGGUCCGAACGGUUUGGCCUACAGACUAUUGGAAAGAUGAGACUCACGAACACGAUGGUGUUCUCCAUUUUGCUCUACGUCACAUACAAGGGUCUUGGGACUCUUCUGAAGUCGGUACAGCCAAUCUUCCAACUUCUAUCUGUAGCGUCCGAACAGUUUGGGCUACACACUAAUAUAACCCCUCUGUGGAAAGGUGAGUCUCUCCCGAACACGAUCAUGUCGGUUGCUGUGCUAUAGGGCACCCACAAGCCUCACGAGACUCGUCUGAAGGUCCCCUGCUACCAGUUAAAAAAAUUCAUGGAAGUAUGUAUGGAAAUAGUUCAGUGCCAAAAAUAAUGGGUUAAAUACAGUGCAUUUGCAAAGUAUUCAGACCCCUUCACUUUUUCCACAUUUUGUUAGGUUACAGCCUUAAUCUAAAAUGGAGUAAAUUGUUUUUUUUGUAAAAAAAUGUACACAGUUAUAAAAAUACAAAAAUGAAAUAUCACAUUUGCAUAAGUAUUCAGACCCUUUACUCAGUACUUUGUUGAAGCACCUUUGGCAGUGAUUACAGCCUCAAGUCUUCUUGGGCAUACCUGUAUUUGGGGAGUUUCUCACAUUCUUCUCUGCAGAUCCUCUCAAGCUCUGUCAGGUUGGAUGGGGAGCAUCGCUGCACAGCUAUUUUCAUGUCUCUCCAGAUAUGUUAAAUCGGGUUCAAGUCCAGUCUCUGGCUGAGCCACUCAAGAACAUUCAGAGACUUGACCCGAAGCCACUACUGCGUUGUCUUGGCUGUGUGCUUAGGGUCGUUGUCCUGUUGGAAGGUGAACUUUUGCCCCAGUCUGAGGUCCUGAGCACUCUGGAGCAGGUUUUCAUCAAUGAUCUCUCUGUACUUUGCUCCAUUCAUCUUUCCCUCGAUCCUGACUAGUCUCCCAGUCCCUGCCGCUGAAAAACAUCCCUACAGCAUGAUGCUGCCACCACCAUGCUUCACCGUAGGGAUGGUGUCAGGUGUCCUCCAGACGUGACACUUGGCAUUAAGGCCAAAGAGUUCAAUCUUGGUUUCAUCAGACCAGAGAAUCUUGUUUCUCAUGGUCUGAGAGUCCUUUAGGUGCCUUUUGGCAAACUCCAAGCGGGCUGUCAUGUGCCUUUUACUGAGGAGUGGCUUCCGUCUGGCCGCUCUACCAUAAAGGCCUGAUUGGUGGAGUGCUGCAGAGAUGGUUGUCCUUCUGGAAGUUUCUCCCAUCUCCACAGAGGAACUCUGGAGCUCUGUCAGAGUGACCAUCGGGUUCUUGGUCACCUCCCUGACCAAGGCCCUUCUCACCCGAUUGCUCAGUUUGGCCAGGCAGCCAGCUCUAGGAAGAGUCUUGGUGGUUCCAAACUUCUUCCAUUUAAGAAUGAUGGAGACCAAUGUGUUCUUGGGGACCUUCAAUGCUGCACAAUUCUUUGGUACCCUUCCCCAGAUCUGUGCCUCGGCACAAUCCUGUCUCGGAGCUCUACGGACAAUUCCUUCGACCUCAUGGCUUCAUUUUUGCUCUGACAUAUACUGUCAACCGUGGGACCUUAUAUAGACAGGUGUGUGCCUUUCCAAAUCAUGUCCAAUCAAUAGAAUUUACCACAGGUGGACUCCAAUCAAGUUGUAGAGACAUCUCAAGGAUGAUUAAUGGAAACAGGAUGCACCUGAGCUCAAUUUCGAGUCUCAUAGCACAGGGUCUGAAUACUGACACUACCAGUCAAAAGUUUGGACACACCUACUCAUUCAAGGGUUUUUCUUUAGUUUUACUAUUUUUUACAUUGUAGAAUAGUAAUGAAGACAACAAAACUAUGUAGUAAUCAUGUAGUAACUAAAAAAGUGUUAAACAAAUCAAAAAAUAUGUUAUAUUUGGUAUCAAAUAGCCACCCUUUGCCUUGAUGACAGCUUUGCACACUCUUGGCAUUCUCUCAACCAGCUUCAUUAGGUAGUCACCUGGAAUACAUUUCAAUUAACAGGUGUGCCUUGUUAAAAGUUAAUAUGUGGAAUUUCUUUCCUUAAUGCGUUUGAGCCAAUCAGUGUUGUGACAAGGUAGGAGGAGUAUACAGAAGAUAGCCCUAUUUGGAAAAAGACCAAGUCCAUAUUAUGGCAAGAACAGCUCAAAUAAGCAAAGAGAAACGACAGUCCAUCAUUACUUUAAGACAUGAAGGUCAGUCAAUAUGGAACAUUUCAAGAACUUUGAAAGUUUCUUCAAGUGCUGUCGCAAAAACCAUCAAGCGCUAUGAUGAAACUGGCUCUCAUGAGGACCGCCACAGGAAUGGAAGACCCAGAGUUACCUCUGCUGCAGAGGAUAAGUUCAUUAGAGUUACCAGCCUCAGAAAUUGCAGCCCAAAUAAAUGCUUCACAGAGUUCAAGUAACAGACACAUCUCAACAUCAACUGUUCAGAGGAGACUGUGUGAAUCAGGCCUUCAUGGUCGAAUUGCUGCAAAGAAACCACUACUAAAGGACACCAAUAAGAAGACGAGACUUGCUUGGGCCAAGAAACACAAGCAAUGGACAUUAGACCGGUGUAAAUUUCUCCUUUGGUCUGGAGUCACUGUCUGUGAUGUAUUUAGAAUUCAAGGCACACUUAACCAGCGAUACGCCAUCCCAUCUGGUUUGGGCUUAGUGGGACUUUCAUUUGUUUUUCAACAGGACAAUGACCCAACACACCUCCAGGCUGUGUAAGGGCUAUUUCACCAAGAAGGAGAGUGAUGGAGGGCUGCAUCAGAUGACCUGGCCUCCAUAAUCCCCCGACCUCAACCCAAUUGAGAUGGUUUGGGAUGAGUCGGACCGCAUAGUGAAGGAAAAGCGGCCAACAAGUGCUCAGCAUAUGCGGGAACUCCUUCAAGACUGUUGGAAAAGCAUCCCAGAUGAAGCUGGUUGAGAGAAUGCCAAGAGUGUGCAAAGCUGUCAUCAAGGCAAAGGGUGGCUAUUUGAAGAAUCUCAAAUAUAAAAUAUAUUUAAAUUUGUUUAAUACUUUUUGGGUUACUACAUGAUUACAUAUGUGUUAUUUAAUAGUUUUGAUGUCUUCACUAUUAUUCUACAAUGUAGAAAAUAGUAAAAAAAUAAAGAAAAACCCUGGAAUGAGUAGGUGUGUCCAAAUUUUUGACUGGUACUGUAUGUAAAUAAGAUAUUUCUGUUUUAAGUUUUUCAUAAAUUUGCAAACAUUCCUAAAAAUCUGUUUUCACUUUGUCAUUAUCUGGUAUUGUGUGUAGAUUUAUGAGGGGGAAAUUGUAUUUAAUACAUUUUAGAAUAAGGCUGUAACGUAACAAAAUGUGGAAAAAGUGAAGGGGUCUGAAUACUUUCGGAAUGCACUGUACAUGUCCCCAAAUUGUUUCUCAUUUAUAGGACAGAGACUUCAGAAUAAACUUCCUUUCGAUUUUUUUUGACUAUCUGUUGUUCCAUUUAGUGAAUCUGUUAUUCAAUGCAUUUGUAUGGUUUAAUAGCAGUAAGGGCAAAUUCAGUGUUUCAACAAAUUAUUAUUUCAUUUUUUUUUUGGGACACUUCAAGGGGUCUUAAAAUUAAAAAUCAAAUAGCUAAAUGAUCCUUGGUGUGACCUUCUUCAAACAAUUCCAUAUGUUAGCUUAGUAGAACCCACCCCCCGGCUUAGACAGGGCUUAGACUGUAGGAGGUUAAUGAUCAUGUUAUGUAGGCUUUAUAAAGUGUAUUGAAUUAAAUCAUUUAUCCUGUAUGUAGUGGUGAAGAAGAUGAAUGAGCUGUAUAAGAGCAGUGUGACGUCCUGUCGGUCCCUCAACGCCCGCCUGCAGAGCUUCCUCCUCAACAAGCAGAGACUGAUGGACCACAUGAACAACAUCACUGCAGAGAAACUCAUCUACAGUCACACUGUGACCAUGGUAAGGCCUCCUCUCUCUCACUGCACAGUACUGUACAUCUCUGUGCUCUCUCUCAUAUUGUAUGAUAUACGAUGGAUAGUAGAUAGAGUAAAUAUCAUUUUACGACAUUACUUUUACUGCAGUAUUUAUGAUGUGGUUAUAAUAUUGUAAGAGCAAUGUUAAUAGCUGAGUGUGUGUGUUGCUGUUUUCCAGGUGCAGUCAGCAGCGCUAGAUGAGAUGUUUCACCGUGGCCAGGCGCCCAUCCAGAGAUACCAUAAAGCCCUUCUGCUCAUGGAGGGUCUGUCCCUUACCAUCACAGAGCAGGCAGACAUCGACAACAUAAGUAAAUGUAAGUAGCUUAUAGAUACACACGCACACACACACACGUGCCCAUAUAUUUUACAUGUACAUUUUAGUAAUUUAGCAGACGCUCUUAUCCAGAGCGACUUACAGUUUUAGUGAGUGCAUACAUUUUUCAUAUAUGCACACACACACACACACACAUCUCACUGUGUUUCUCCCUUUGUUUUGGUCUUAGGUAAACAGUGUAUUGAGAGACGCCUCCUUUCUGCUCUGCAGACUCCACAGUGUGAUUGAGCUUAAGGCUUUUGGACUAUAGCUACAAUAUUAGCUGAGCCUCCGGGCAUGGUUAGAGCACCUCCAGACCUCUGAUGUCCCUCUGAUAUCCCUCUGUCCUCAGUGAAGAUGGAGCUCCUCGGACUGUUGACACACAAAAGCACUUUGAACUGA